AUGGCUUCUUCAUUAGAAUUCAAGAGGGUCAUGAGCCUCGUGGCUGCCCUUGCCCUUUUCACUAUCUUUUUCAUUCAACUUCCUACUCAUGCUUCCCCUACAGAAGCCCAAGCCCUCCUCAAGUGGAAGUCCGGUCUUCAUAACCAUUCGGUUCCUUCCCUCUCUUCGUGGACUCCCUCUCCUCAUCAUGCCACCAGUUCCAACUCGACCAUGAGUCCAUGUGCUUGGUAUGGCAUCUUCUGCAAUCUGGCGGGGAGCAUAAUCGGGAUAAAUCUCACCAGUGCUUAUGUUGAAGGUACGCUCGACGAAUUCCCAUUCUCAUCUUUGUCUCAUCUUACAUACAUGGACUUGGCUAUAAAUAGUCUCUCUGGCCAUAUUCCACCUCAAAUCAGUCUCUUGAGCAAUCUCACCUAUCUUGACCUCUCUAUCAAUCGGUUCAUGGGGAAUAUACCCCCGGAGAUCGGCCAUCUAACAAAACUCAAGGUCUUGCACCUGGUUUCCAAUGAGUUAAAUGGAUCCAUUCCCCAAGAAACCGGACAAUUGCAUUUGCUCAAUGAGGUCGCACUGUAUUCGAACCAGUUGAAUGGACCUAUACCUUCCUCAUUAGGUAAUUUGAGAAAAUUGGCUAUACUGUAUCUCUACAACAACUCCCUUUCUGGUUCUAUUCCUCCUGAAAUGGGAAAUAUGGCAAAUUUGGAAUUGCUCCACAUGGACACCAACUUCCUAACAGGAUCGAUUCCUUUCACUUUAGGGAACUUAACCAAAUUGACACAGCUGCACCUAUUUGCUAAUGAGUUUAUUGGUUCCAUCCCACUGGAGCUAGGGAAUAUGAAUCGUCUUAAUGAGUUGAGCCUUGAUGAUAAUAAUCUCACAGGUUCAAUCCCACCAACAUUAGGCAAUUUGACGGAGCUUACCUCGCUUUAUCUCUCCAAUAAUAAGCUUUCUGGUCACAUUCCUAGAUCCUUAGGAGAUCUAGUGAACUUGGAGGUGCUGCAAUUGGAUACCAACCAAUUAAGUGGCUCCUUACCAAAGAACUUGUGCCGAGGUCGGUUGCUCCAAAACCUUAUAGUGAGUGGCAACAACUUAACAGGUUCUAUCCCUAGAAGCUUCAGAAAUUGCACAAGUUUAGUCAGAUUAAUCCUCCAUGGCAAUCGACUUUCAGGACAGUGGCCAGUAGAAGGUUUCUCAAAAACCUCAUUGUUAAAAAUUAGUUUGUCCGACAACAAAUUUGAAGGUCCACUUCCACUUCCAUCACCAUUCACAGAUUACUAUGAUAUCGCAAAUAAUAAAAUAGUGGGGAAGAUCUCUUCAUCAAUAUGCAAUGCCACCAACCUCAAAGUCCUCAUCUUGUCUAAUAAUUCCUUAGCCGGUGGCCUACCCAAGUGCUUAUCAAACUUGAGCAUUGGUUUAGUGGUUUUGAACUUGCGAAUGAAUAGUCUUUCAGGCACAAUCCCUCUAACAUUGUCAUGGCGAAGUAGCUUGAGAACUCUUGACUUGAGUCAAAAUCAAUUCGAAGGAACAUUGCCACAAUCCCUUGUCAAUUGUACAAGGCUAGAAGUUCUGGAUUUAAGCAACAAUAAGAUAGAGGAUAAGUUCCCAGCAUGGCUGGGAAAACUGCCAAGGCUAAAAGUUCUUAUUUUGAGGUCCAACAAUUUUAAGGGUUCCUUAGAUUUUCCAAGGGUAGCUCACCUCUUUCCCAAGUUGCACAUUUUGGAUCUCUCGAACAAUGACUUCGUUGGUCCUUUACCAACCGAUUUGAUAGCAAAACUUCAAGGGAUGAUAAAUGGAAAAAAUGCACAAGAGCUGCAAGACAAAUCAUUGUACAUGACGCAGGAACUUGGACUUGGAAUGGGGUUCUAUGAAGAUUCCAUCAAUGUGAUCAUGAAAGGAAGGGAGAUUCGGCUAGAGAGGAUCCUGACCAUCUUAACAACCAUCGACUUAUCACUCAACUCUUUUCAAGGGAACAUCCCGAGUGUCAUUGGAAAUCUUCAUUUUCUCAAAGGGCUCAAUCUUUCCUACAACCACCUCAUGGGUUCCAUUCCUUCAACUCUUGGAAAUUUGACUAACCUUGAAUGGCUAGAUUUAUCUUCAAACAAGCUUAGUGGGAGGGUUCCUAGAGAACUGGGAGAUUUGUCAUUUCUUGGGUGUUUAGACCUCUCAGGGAACCAACUUGUAGGCCCCAUACCUCAAGACAAGCAACUAAGCACAUUCACAAGCAAUUCAUUUCGUGGAAACCUAGGCUUAUGUGGAACUCCUUUACAAAUCACUUGUCGUGGUGAUGCUCAGCCUCCUCCAACUUUACAAUCGUUCUUCCAAGAGGAUAGUACAAGAGAGCAUGGUGGUGGUUUUGAUAGGAAAGUGGUUGGCAUAGGUUAUGCAUCUGGAAUCGUCAUUGGAAUAUCCUUAGCAUACAUUUUAUGUGGCUGGAAGACCCAAAUGGCUUGUGAGAGAAGUGAGAAGGAUGGAGAGAAGAGCCAAAUUGAUGAAGAAGCCAAAGUGGAAGGCCAUCAAAUUUCAUGGAGCCCAAUGAAAUUAUUGGGAAGUGGUUGCUUUGAAUAA